AGAUGGGGUGCCCAGUGCUCAGACCAAUGAGAGCCCCAGAGGGGAAAGACUGGUCAUUUCCUCCUUGCGAUCUGCACCCUCCCUUGGGGCUUAAAAACCACAGUCCGUGGGCAGGAGGGACCUUUGAUCAGCGGCGAUCCCGGGAGACCCGAACAUGGCCUCCAUGGAGUUCAGCACCCUUGAGUACCCUGACUAUGGCACUGCCACCCUGGACCCCAACAUGCCUGUGGAUGCGUCUCCCAGUGCCCCCAAGCUGUCUAUUCCCAGUACGAUUGCCCUGGUAAUCUACACCGUUGUCUUCCUGGUGGGAGUGCCGGGCAACUGCCUGGUGGUCUGGGUGACAGGCUACGAGGUCCGGCGGACCAUCAAUGCCAUCUGGUUUCUCAACCUGGCGGUGGCAGAUCUCCUAUCCUGCCUGGCAUUGCCCAUCUUGUUUGCCUCCGUCGUACAGCACAGCCACUGGCCCUUCGGCAGCGGCGCCUGCCACGUCCUGCCGUCUCUCAUCUUGCUCAACAUGUACGCCAGCAUCUUGCUCCUGGCUGCCAUCAGCGCCGACCGCUUUCUGUUGGUGUUUAACCCCAUCUGGUGCCAGAACUACCGAGGGGCGCAGCUGGCCUGGGUGGCCUGCGCCGUGGCCUGGGGCGUGGCCCUGCUGCUGACCAUCCCCUCCUUCAUUUUCCGCUCGGUGCACGUAGAGUCCUUUCCCUACAGGGCCACCUGCAGCGUCAACUAUGGCCUUGGCAGGGAGCAUCUGGAGAGGGGCGUGGCCAUCCUCCGGCUGAUCGUGGGCUUCCUGUGGCCGCUGGUGACGCUUGGGAUCUGUUACACCUUCCUCCUGGUCCGGACCUGGAGCCGCAGCGCCACCCGCUCCACCAAGACGCUCAAGGUGGUGGUGGCGGUGGUGACCAGCUUCUUCGUCUUCUGGCUGCCCUACCAGGUCACCGGGCUGAUGCUGGCCAUAUUCCACAGGAGCUCAGAAAUCUUCAUGGCCGUGUCCAGUUUGGACGCCCUGUGCGUGUCUGUCGCCUACAUCAACUGCUGUAUAAACCCUAUCAUCUACGUGGUAGCCGCUCAGGGGUUCCACGGCCGCUUCCUGAAGUCCCUCCCGGCCAAGCUCCGGCACGUGCUGACCGAGGACUCCGUGGGCAGGGACAGCAAGUCCUUCACCCUCUCCACAGUGGACACCCCGGCCCCCAAGAGCCAGGCGGUGUGAGGGGAGGGCCUCCCGGCCGCCAUCUGCUCCAUGCUCCCCCUUCCCGCCUGCCCCUCUCUCUCUGCUUCUCUUACCCCAGCCCUUGGUGGGGUGCUGGUGUUCGAGUGAACUCUCUGCCAUUCCUCUCCAUCUUUCCAGACGGGUCCUCCCUCGCCUUCAGGAUCCACAGGGCCCUCUAGGGACCCGCGACUUUUCUUUCCAUCCAAGGGCUUUGGAAAACGAGCAGAAACCAGUAUUACCCCGGAGCACCCCAAACGGCGCCCCGCCUGUCUGCGCAGGGGGACAUGGCAAAGAGAACACAUUGGAUACAGAGAAAACAGACAAACGGAAACAUUCGAACCUUUAAAUCAUAGUAAUGUAUUUAUUUUAUGGAGAGCUGGGGAAAAAAAAAAACUCUAAGGAGCUUCUCAAAAGGUAUUCUUGUCAAGGACAAAGCAAAAUUCACUGGCUAAGCUUUUCUAAGUGAGUUGAUUGAAAGACAAGCGGCGAGUUAAAGUGUUAUUUAAUUGGGUUUCGAAAAAAUGCAUGAAGUAAAAUGAUGGUGCGUGGUUGUGGUGAAAAGCAGGUGUGACGAAGGCUUGCUGAAGGGAGGGGUUGGGAAACACUGGCUGGGCACCUUGGGGGGAAAGACGGUCACAGGGAAAUUUGACUUUUUACGUUGUAAACUGCUGUUUUGCGCACACUUCUCAAAAAAAAAAAAAAGAAGGAAAAGAAAAACUUCUUGUGUGCCCUUGACCUGCUUCACUCUAGAAACCUCUUGCAAAAUGACAUUACAAGAUCACGACUAGGAUGUUGACAUUGAUACACUCGAGGGGCAGGAGAUUUUCGUCACCACUAGGAUCCCUCAUAAUGCCCUUUGUCAGCCACCCCCACGUCCCUCCACCCUCCCAGUCUUGUCCCGGACCCCUGGCAACCACGAUUGCACUCUCUGUAUUUGCACUUUCAAGGAAUGCUCUGUCGGUCACGUGGACUUUUGACUUUAAAAAAAAA